AGUGUUAGAUAAUUGUUACUGCGUUUAACGUUGACUAUAUCUUGAUACGUAAUAGUAAAUCCUAUCUUAGCGGUUCGCGAAGACACGCCAUAUCCUUCCGGAAGCUUCUUGCUUAUUGUCAUCACAAUGGUGAAUAAAGACAAUUAUAAAAAUAGCAUAGAGCAUCACGUUCAGUAUGAGCUGACUAGCGACGAUAAAGAAUAUGCAGCGAUAAAUUUGAACGAAACCGAUGAGACUAGAGAGACUGCCAUUGCGGAGGUCAGACGAUGGCUUGACGACGAAAUGCUUGACGACAUACGAAUUGAUGAUUUCCUCAUCUUGCGAUUCUUGCGAGUCUGCAAAUUCAAUCUCGGAAAAACUAGAACCAGAAUACAAAACUUUUAUAAGCUGCAAUCUGACUUACCGGAAUGGUUCUCAAAUAGAGAUCCGUUUCAACCAGAAUUACAGGAGUUAAUUAAUAUGGGGUUGAUUUUGCCAUUGCGAAAACCGGAUAGUCAAGGCAGAUUGGUUGUCAUUGGGCGCAUGACUUUACAAAAUCCGAGAAUACACAAAUUAUCAGAUAUUAUGAAGAUCGGUCUAAUGGCGAUAGAACUGGCGAUGAAAAAUCGCGCCAUGGCUACAUCAGCAUCUGUGUACGGUUUAACGUUGAUCGGUGACACGUUCAAUCCAACUAUACAUCAUAUAUUUCAAUUUGGACCCUCCAUACUAAAGAAAAUAGUACAUACAUGGCAAAACUGUUAUCCUAUAAGGUUGCAAUUGAUAAGCGUAAUCAAUGCACCAAUGUUUAUAGAUAUUACUAUAAAGAUUUUUAAAUCUUUUAUGUCAGAGAAAAUGAAGAGGAGAUUUCAUGUCUAUCCACACAUGCUGCAAAGUUGUUUUACAGAUAUUCCAACUAACAUCUUGCCAGUCGAGUAUGGUGGCAGUGAUGGUACAAUUCAGGAAUUAACAGAUUAUUGGAAGAAAUUGUUGGAAGAGAAUCGUGAUUGGUUUAUAAGUAAUAUGAAUAAUUAAAUUGAGUAAU